AAAGUCGUGAUGUUACACACUCCGAUACAGUAGGUGGCGGCAUGCACCUUUAACGUUGGUUUGUAGCCCGCCAGUAAAAUCGAAGAAGAAGAAGAAUCAGCAGUAGAAGAAGAAGAAGAAGAAGAAAAAGAACAACAACAACAACAACACACCGGGUGAGAUAACGGUAAACAUCUGAACAGGUUUCAUAGUAGGCUUAAACUGAAGUUAAACCGAAAAGAAAAGGAUCCUGGAUUUCUGAACACUCAUCGGAAUUGACCGAGAGCCGCCAUUAAAAUCUGUAAAUAUGAAUCCUGAUGGUGAUUCGUCCGUGGCUGGGAGUGUCUCUGUCGCCGCUUCUGCCUCAAGUUAAGCGGCUGGAAAAAUGAGUGCCGCCGGCCUCCCUGGAGCAGGGCUUUCCCAAAGGUCUUGAUAUGAAAUAUCUGAUGACCUGCUGGCUUUGCCUGCUUUUCCUGAGCCUUCCUCUGUUGGUUUGGUUUGGACAUGUGAUGAGGCGGGGCGGUCCAUUGCCUGCUGUGCAAAGCACUGGGCUCAGGGGCUACAUGAAGAUCACCCCCGGCAGGAAGGAGCAGUUCCUGGACAAGCACUGCAGCGAGUGUGCCUUGGUCUCCAGCUCAGGUCAGAUGCUGGGAGCUGGCGUUGGAGAAGAGAUAGACAAGAUCGGAUGCGUGAUCCGUAUGAACAAUGCACCUACACGGGGGUAUGAGAAAGACGUAGGGAACCGCACCAGUGUUCGGGUUGUGUCUCACACCAGUGUUCCCCUGUUGGUGAAAAACGAGCUCUACUACUUCCAGCAGUCAGCAGACACCACAUAUGUGUUCUGGGGUCCUGAGAGGAACAUGAGGCAAGACGGGAAAGGACGCAUCUUCAAUACUCUGCUGAAAAUAGCAAAGAAGUAUCCUAACGUCAGAAUCUACGCUGUGACCAAAGAGAAGAUUCAGUACUGUGAUAGGGUGUUUCAGAAUGAAACUGGAAAAAACAGAAUGAAGACAGGGGCGUUUCUCAGUACCGGAUUCUUCACAAUGAUUCUGGCUAUAGAUAUGUGUGACAGCAUCCAUGUUUAUGGAAUGAUUGAUGAUAACUAUUGCAGCCGAGCCAAUCACAGUGUUGUUCCCUACCAUUACUAUGAGAGGAACCGCAUCAAUGAGUGCAGGAUGUACAGGGUCCACGAGCACACACAACGUGGGGGUCAUCGCUUCAUCACUGAGAAGGCCAUCUAUGCCAAAUGGGCAACACGGCACAGGAUGGAUUUUAAACACCCCUCUUGGAGCUUCUAAAGAAGGAGAUAUUAAGAUGUUCCUUGACCAUACAGUGGUACUCACUUUUCCUGGCUUUUAGUCCUCUUUGCUGAAGAUUUUAGUGUUGCGUGAGCAGGAACUUUAUCAAGUACAUGGCAUUGUUACUGGUGGAGUUUUUCAAGUAGAAAAGGGCCCAAUUUGAUACUAGCUCAAAGUGGAUAAAAUUAUCUGCAACCAUAAAUAUAAAAACUGUUUUGUAUCUAUGCUUAAGUUUUACCAGCAUUUAACUGGUAACAGGUGGUGAAGUAUUUACACAUUUUAGCCAUAUAUAGCCAUAUAUAAGCAUAGAUACUGAUAAAGAAUAUUAAGCCACUAAGCUAAACGCUUAAACCAGUUCAUACCAAAGCUUAAAAUUUUUUAUUUCUUUAUACCUGUGCCUUGACUUUCGGUCUUAUGUUUUAUUUUAUGCUGCAGUCUGGCCUACUCUUUGAAACAGGACACGAGUUGUUUCGGACUGCAACUAACGAUUAUUUUCAUUAGCAAUUUAAUCUGGCUAAUCUUAUUUAGCAAAUUAAUCGAUUCAUCGUUUGGUCUACAAAUUGUCUGAAAAUUGUAAAAAAAAAAAACAAACAAAAAAAAAUGUCCAUCACAGUUUCCUAGAACUCAAGUUGACGUAUUUAAAUUACUUGUUUUGUUCAACCAUUCGUCCAAAGCUCAAAGUUAUUCAAUUUACAAUCAUAGAAGACAAAGAACGCCAGCAACAUUUGAGAAGUUGGAACCAUAGAAUUUUUGCCAUUUCUGCAUAAAGAAUGACUUAAAUGAUUAUCGAUUACCAAAAAAGGUUGCUGAUUAAUUUUCUGUUUCUUGACUAAUUGAUUAACGGACUAAUCGUUUCAGCUCCAGUAUUGUUUUUCCUGCUCUCCUCCCUGUAAGUUGGUCAGUUUUGCCUCAGAACAUGACACUCAUGUUCCUCGUCAAUGACAUGUCUGCCUCGAAGCAGAGGCAAGUUCACAGCUGACGUAAACCAGCACCUUUGGACAGUUUGCAAUUUUCAAAAGCAAAACUGUUUUUUCAGGCAAGUCUUGUUUGUGGCACAUUUCAUUAGAUUUUUUUUUUCUCUCCUCUGUUGUUUUUGUUAUGGCCUCUGUAUGCUGUGGCUUCGGGCCUCAACUCUACAGCCAGUGGUUCAUGGUCAUACACCAGACCAACAACAAAUGAACAUACUGGGUCAUUUAGCUUCAGGCUGAUUCUUCACAAACUACUUACUGUUCUUUUUAUAAAGUUUGAUAUUGCAGCUUUACACUGAUUACUUACCCCGACUGCAACCAAUUAUAGUCUUUAAAUACUUGUAGUAGUACAAGCUUUUCAUUUAACCAAAACAGUCUAUGUGCACAUGUUAAUGUGAACAGUGUUCAGAUAUUUCAGUAGGGAGUUGAGUGCCAUUUAACCCAAAGAGUGAUCAUGCAGUUUGCACUUGUGCUACGUCAGUGGUUAAACAUGGGUGAUGGAGCACAGUGACAUAUAUCUGUGAUGAUGUGUAUCCCAACCACAGAGCAGACAGUAUUAAAAUGUAACUGCGGAGAGGUCCACUGUCCACCGCUUCCAGUUUUCAGCCCCACAGACAGCAGCCCGCAUGCUGAUCAAUGGCCAAUAAACAGUAUUAAACACAGUAUCAAUUACAAUGAGAGUUAUCUUUGUGGUUAGUGUUUGGUGCCUGUGUUCGACAGGAGGGGUCUGGAGAGGAUUUCCUGGAAGGCUGAUGGGACAUUUCCAGACUGCAGUUGCUGCAGUUCCACCGCUGUGUGGCACCAUAAGCCUGUGACUGAAAUCUGCAGAAAGUUGUGGUCAAAGGAUAGUAUUCUCUGUGUCUUGUUUUAACUUUGAAUGUAAUAAGCCCGAUACCAUACACACAAAAUUAGUUACUUGUCAAGACAUCUGCUUUAAAAUUGUUUAUCCUCUAUAUUUUGCUGCCUAUUUACAAUGAAAAACAGCGCUGCCUUUUCAGUUGCAUAUUGCUUUUUUUGGGACUAAUUCCAAAGUAGUAUUAUAAUAGUAAUAGUAGUAGUAUUGUAAUAGUAUUUGCACUACUAAACAAAAACUACUGUGUCAAAUUAUUUUACUGUACAUUUCAGAAAUGAAUUGUUUGAAUUAAAAUGUGUUAUUAAUAACUUUUGGUAACCCUAAGAAGUCUACUUAUGUGGUGAACUGGAAACUGAACAAAGUAAAAACUUGAAUGUAAACUUGACCACUGGUCACCGCAGAUCAGUGUCAACAUGAAUAAAUCUGCUGUUGAAUACAG